AACAUGACAAUUUAAUACUUUUUUUUUCUUAAAAGUCAAUCCCAUUCACUUUUUUUUAGACUGUUUGCUAAGCAUAAACCACAAAGAGGAUUUUUAACCAACUCUAAUGUUAGUUGUGAACUGCUUGAAUGGAUGACAAGGCAGUCACUGUGUCAACAAGGCCACCUCUGACCGAGGAAUGCGCUUCGUCAUCACAACUUUCCCCAGGGGGCUGCAAGAAGAAGGAGGAGGAGGUUGGGAAGGAAGGAGAAGGAGGAGGCGAGUUCUCAGCUGGGACUUUCCUCGCUGCCCUCCAGAUAUAAAAAAAAAAAAAAAAAGUUGAGUCACACAGGGGAGCACCGGAGAUGUUCCCGGGUGCCGCCACAGAGGAGGUAUGCGGACCUGUGCGCGGUGGUGGGGCCGCGGUGGUCUCUCCCUCCGCGCGGGAAUACCGCUCCUUUUAAUCCCGCCGCUCAUCCUCGCGCUCCAGCUCCUCGUGGUGGGGACGCGGUUACCUGGAGCCGCGCGGGCGUGGGUCGGUGAAGAGGAGCGGGACGGAGUGGUCGCUUUUUCCGUUAUAAGCAUCGAACCGGAGAGAAACUGGCGACAAUUUGGGAGUCAGCGCCGGCGACCCGGGGUGGAGGAAGAGAAGAGGGAGGAGGACGAUGGAGGAAGGAGGGUGGGGGCGCGAGCGUACGAGGAUGAGAACGAGAUGCACUUGCGCCAGGUGGGACCCAGAGCUUUGGAGCUGCAGCAGUGGGCGGUAGACAAGUCGUCCUUCACGGCUGAACUCAAUCGUAUCGUCACGUAUAUCACAAGGCCACAGCUGAACUGCUCCAGGGUUUUAUCUCCAGGGCAGACUCAGGCAACGCAGCCCCCUGCAUCUCCAGUUCACUGGCUGCUGUGUGCCGAGGACUGGCUCCUUCCAGCUGCAGAUGGGUCAUGUGUGGCUUAUUCCUUCAGUAUGGAUGGGGGCGAUGUAGACUUUCUGAAGACUGUGUCGGGUCUCGGAUGCGAAGUCCACAGUUUUGAUCCCAGCAACUCCGAUGCAUCUGGUGGUCACCUUGGCAACGGUUUGGCUAGUAACCGUGGCGACGGAGGCGUGGUCAGCCACCACAAGAUGUGGCUGGAGUGGCGAGCGCUGAAGAAGCGCAGGACACGAGGCAACCUGGGAAGUGUUUCUCAAACGCUGGCAGAUAUCAUGGCAGCUCUGGGACACCACACAGUUCACUUCCUGUAUGCUGACCUGCUGAGCGCCGAGUGGCGAGUUUUCCAGAACUGGAUCGAGACAGGAACUCUGCAGAACGUCCAUCAUCUGGUUGCCACGGUGCACCUGCAAUGGGCAGGGUUUGAAGUGGGCGGAAACGAUGAGGAAGUGCUCCGCUAUUGGUUCAGCGUCCUUCAGGGCCUUCAGGCUUCUGGUCUCAAGCUGGUUCACAGCUCUGCAGGAGAGGGUCACAGUGUUCUGAAACACACAGUGGCAAAUGCUCACGGCUCAUACACACUGAGCUGGGUCAACACACGUCACUGACACAAAACAAACGGACACAUGUACACAUGAGCCGGGCUCGCAGACGCAUCAGUGCAUCAAUCAAGAAAAUCCAACUUGAAGCAGUUAGUGAAGUUGAGAUUUCAGGCACAUAACAUCUCCCUCUAGUGGACAAAAAGGGAUAUUCAUUUUUAAAUCCGUCUCCAUAGGACAGUACUGUUGUGUUUAUAUUGCACAUACAUGUAGGAGUAGAUAAUUUGACAAAAUAUGAAGCAGAAGGGGGCUUGCAGUUUUAAUUGGCCAAAGGAAAAUAGUAUAACAUAUCUACGUAUUACGCAAAACAGCGGAUAAACAGUAUGUGAACACUGACUACUGCUGAACUGCAUCUCAACAAGUCCUAAAUACAAAACAGCUGUUUGGCAAAUGCAAAUACAUUUUCAUGUUUUUUUUUCUUCUUCUACCAUAGACAUAGAUCAACGGCAUAUCAUCCAGUGAGACCCUGUUCACAUGAAUCUGGAUCCAAUUGUAGCAUGAAUGUAAAAUCAACAGAUAAUUUAUUUGUUUAAUGCUUUUUAUGUGCAAUAAAUCUUUAUAAUGAAGAGAAGUUUAAAUGAUAUCGUGACUAACCGUGCCUUCUGUGAAACAUAGAAAGUCCGGCUUUAUACUGAGGCAUAAAUACUCUUGACUGUAGACAAAGAGAGACAAUGCUCCAAAUGUGUAAUAACAUCACAAUAAAAAAAGAUUAUGCUAA